CGAUCACUUCUCCAAGCCUCCCGACGGUGCCCCGCUCGACGUUGCAAACACAACGCACCCCAACAUUGGAAGAGGUACACGAGCAGGCGAAGAAAGUCGUACUUAUGUUCCACGACAAUGGUGUCAGCUUUGAGGAGCUAGUGAGUAAGACCAACCUUGACUCCGAGCUUCUCCGCACCAUGCACAAGGAGUUGGGCCUUCCAGUCCCCGUGCCUAAAUACGCUGUGCCGGCGAAAAUGGCUCCCGUUGCUCCUCCAUCGCGGCUAGCCGUUAAACCAGCAGCUCCUUCGCAUGCGAUUCCUCCCAAGGUCACCGCUUCACAGACGGCCGCAAAGACGGCGAUGAGCUUGCCACCCAAGCCUGUUUUAGCCAAAGUGCCUGUUAGCAAUCGGAACGUAUCAAUCACGUCUGCCCCAUCCGCACAAGAUAGGAAAGAGUACGUCGCUCGAUUAAAUGCGGCGAGAUCUAACAAAAAUCCGACUCUUCCGACGGAACCACAAGUGCAAGUUCCCACUGGAUCAGGCAUGAACGCGCCUGUGGUGGAAGGACCGCAGAAACUUUCAGUCUUAGACAAGAUUCCACCGAAAGACUCUCUUCCUGCGACUACAGUACGAUCGGCAACGAAUGGAAAUGAUCCAGGCCGAGCUGCCGAAAAAAACAAAGCCAUCACCGAACUCGCGCGGAAAAAGCUUGCUGCGCUUGCUGCUCGUAAGGCCUCACCAUCUGGCAAGGCGGCUCACCCUCCUCCAGCCGUUGUCUCAACUGAUGCAACACCCGCUCCGCAGUCUCGUUCAAGCUCACUUUCCUCCGCGAUCUACGCAAGUGGACAGGAGCAGCCGCAAGCCACGGCGUCGUCAUUGCCCUCAGGUGGCCACUCUAGUACUUCCAAAGCAGCAGCAGCGGUAAUGAGCUCCACGCCUUCCAGUAUUUCUCAGCAUAAGCCACAACUCAACUCACAGCCUUCUUGGCCAUCCGCAUCCGAUAAGAUACCUGGGCUGGAUCUAGUUGGAUCAUCCCAGCAAUUGCACGUCCGACCAUCCCCAUCUACUCCUUUCGGACAAUCUAGCACUCAUGGCAAAGAACAAUUUGUUAUCGACCUGAGUGAUGAGGAGGACGAUGGCAUGGAUAUCGAUGAUGCCUGUGCAGCCAAUACAGGGCUUCAAUCAGGAAAGACUGCAAGCCAGCCGCAAACCAAGGAAGCCGUCAAGAAGCUGCCCCCUUUGGCCAACUUCCCAUCUCCGGCCACUACCACAAAGCUAGCUAUCUCCGGCAUCAGCAAAACUCCUCUGAAUCAGACACUAGGCGGUCAAGUGUCGAAUGAUGAUCUUGAGCGUAAAGAAAAAGAAAUUGCGGCAUUGCGCAAGCAGAUUGAGGAGGUGGAGAAGAGGCGAAAAGCGACAAUUAAAGCUAAGCACACAGCAAAUAGUCGACCCGCAACCCCAGCCUCGAAUCUCUCAGCUACUGCUUCUGCAUUCCUUCCUCGAGUAUCUACUCCAACAGGCACUGCGAUCUCUAUUCAAUCCCCUGCAGCCACCGCCACAGAAAUUCUCAAAACUACGGCUAGUGCAACGAAACCAUCGCAAUCAGAGCAAGACCCAACAACGCAAUCAGCGCUUCCUGGUUCAGAUGACUGGAAGAAGACACGUCGGGCAAAAAUCCAGUCAGAUCUGCCAUCGGUGGAGGCCAAACUUGCAAGCGGCAAGGCUAAGAUGGAGGAGCUCAGGAGGCAAAUGGAGCUUCUUGAGGCUGAAAAUGCGCGGAGUAUCGAAGUCCAGGCAAACCUUGUGAGGGAGCUUGAGUCGCUCGGCAUCGACACCGAAGGAAUGCCACAAGAGGAAAUGCAGGCGAUGAAGGAUGCAAUCGUACUGCAGAGAGAAAUGGCGGCCGCUGCAACCAAAGAUCAUGCCGCCUCUCCAGCCCAAUCCUCGACGUUGGAUUCAAGUCAAGCGCCAAUGACCAACGAGGCUGUCAAUGAAGCAGAGACCGUGGAGAACGACAUCGCAGUGGUCAAUCAAGGCACUGCUCCAGAUCAGAUGCUCGCGUCAAUCACCAAUGACGAAAUGGUGCUAGGUGAGCCGACGGGGAAUGCGGGACCUUUUGAGGCUCAGUUACCCACGACCCUCACCUCCAUGGAUCAAGCCCCGAUCUCGGUUUCUGAACAGGACGUGAUGACCGAUGAACCUACCGAGCGCUUUCCCCAGGUUGAGAGCUCCACGAGUUCUAGCGACGAAGGAUCCGAUAGCCACGGGAAUGCUUCCGCUCAAGAUGAGCACUCGCACGCCGGAAUGGCUCGUGAUGAGAUCAGCCCUAAUACAGACCGUACGGAGAGCGACGCAAGCGAUGAUAUGGAGAUUUCCGAGGACGAAUCAGAGGACGAAUCCGAAGACGAAUCUGAGCAUGGUGGUGUUCUUGUCGCUCCCGCUACACCAGUCGCUCCCUUCGCGCCCGCAUUAGUAUCGUCGACUCCUUCUAAGGCACCCAUGACUCCAGAAGAUGCUGAGGAUGCUGAAGACUUCUACUCCCCCGAGCCUGCAGCUGAAGCCCCUGUGGAAGGCUUUCCUGGUGCUCAAACUGAAGGUAGGACGGAGAACGAAGACGUCAUCAUGGAGGAUCAGGAUAUUCCAGCCCAAGACGGUGUGUCGCGACACACGCAAGCAGAGGAGCCUGCGCGCACGCCUUUUGAGGAUGGAGAAAUCGAGAUGGCCGAAUCGUCGAAUGCAGGCCUCGAUAACGAGCCUGAGGAGACCAUUUCUCAUCAUAUCUCGAAGCACGACGAGCAGCCUAUCCCCACUGCUGACGACCUGGCAGCAGAGCUCCAGCCUACCGAGCAGCCCUCAACUCAUGCGACUAAUCCGGCAUCGGUAAGUCGCUAAACCCUAAUAUGCGACAUCGCUAACUCAAAAUUCAAGGUUUCAAACCAUGUCGUCGGACCACUCGCACCCUAUGAGAGUCCUUUGCGAUACUUCAAAUCUUACCGCAAUCAUCCAGAUUAUACGAAGAACGUUCAAGGUGGUUAUCGAUCUAUGACUUACAGCCAUCAGAUUGAUCCAAUGAAGGAACUCUGUCCCUGGGAAUGGGGUCCAGGCGUAUGCAACGACAACAAAUGUGUCUAUCAGCACUAUCGCGACAUGGAGCUAAGUGGUGCGUAUUAGACGUUGCCUCGAUUUCCUUAUCCCAUCCUGUCCG